GGUUAUUGGCUCUCUCUCCUUGGCUCUCGAAAGUCGAUGGCAGGGGUAAAACACAAGGAAACCUUUCAGACACUCAAAGACGGACGCGUUUUGCUUAGGUAACACGCGAAUGAGACCCUUGCGCAGAAGACUCUUGGGCUCGCCUGCUGUACUUAAAGCGACGAGCGCUUCAAACGGCUCUCUCUUUUUCUCCACACACUCUCAUCCAGAGCCAAAGCUUUUUGCAUCGAACACCUAUACCCACACCCAUACCCACACCAGAAAUACCCUUCCGCGCACGCAAACAUGAUCGGAACAACCAGCCCCAAGUCUUCCGUCGCAACCCGCACCCGUUCCGCCACCACCCGCACGCGUUCGGCCACCACCGGCACGCCGUCCGCAACCGGCCUCCUCGAUUUGGAUGGUCUUUCUGCGCAGAUGGGAACGAUGCAAGUGAGGACCUCGGUGGGUUCGCCCAAGGUCUCCCCCAGGGUUUCCCCCAGGGUCUCCCCCAAGGUUUCGCCCUCGACCUCGCCUAAGGGCACCACUACACCGCCGACCAAAGUCGCCUUCGGGCGCAGCUACACUCCCCCGCAAGCAUCAUCUUCCAAGGUGUCUUUGCCUUCGUCCCCGGCGUCCAGGACCACCCCCAAGAGGAACGGCACGACCGACCAGUCUGUUGCCGUCCCGGCUGGAUUCGAGGCCCUCUUCGGAGCCAUGAGCGAGCGUCUCGCAGCGCUUGAGAACCGCAGCAAUGCGGAGGCUCAAGCUCCUGCAGACGCCGCCGCCGAAGCCGCCGCCGAAGCCGCCGAAGCCAAAGCCGCCGCUGCCGAAGCCAAAGCCGCCAUCGCCGAAGCCAACGCCGCCAUCGCCCAAGCCAACGCCGCCACCGCCGCAAUGGUUGCGAUAAAGGCCGAGCUGGAGCUUGCGCAGAAGGCCCAUGCCGAGGAAUCGCUGGACUUUACGCGCAGGUGCAAGGACCUUGCAGACGCUCUGACUCUCAAGGCCGCGGCGUUCGAGGGACGUGUCACCGAUGCCGAAGCCCGCAUCGCAGCAACCAGUGACGAGGUUGCGCGGGUGGAGGGCAUCGUGGCCGCCAUCGACGCCAGAAUCCUCGGAGAAGAGGAGGAAGAGCAGGCCGAAGAUGAGGAAGACGUUGAGGCAGAGGACGAUGAAGGGGAAGUAGCUGAGGAGGAGGAAGAAGAGGUCGUUGUUGAGGAGGCAGUUGUGGAAGAGGAUGAGGACAACGCCGACAAAGCGCACGAGGACGAUGACGUGGUGGUUGCAGACGCCGCGUUAUCGGAUCUCGACGCCAUGCAGGUGGACGAGUUUACGGACCGUACCACUGCAAACACCAUUGAACAGAUCCUCAAAGACCUGCAGGAUCUCAAGGAGGCAAACCACGUCAAGACUCAGGAGAUCUUAGGAUUGAAGAGCGACGUGCAGACAUUGAGCACCCAUGUGAGGGUACCAAUGGAGACGGAUGAGACCGAGACCACCGCCGAGAACACGCGGCAGACCAUCGAUGUGGAGAUGAAGCUGGAGGACGAGGAGACGGAUGCGGUGGCGAAUGCCACACCACUCAUUCAGCAACUCGCGAACCGGAUGGACGCCAUCGAGGCUGAUAUCUCCGAACGGUUGUUGAGGGGUGGGGCUACGAUCGAAAGCCGAUUCGCUCACCUGGACUCGGCCAUCGGUGGCUGCAAAGAGGAGGCCGCCAUCGCCAAGGAAGAUCGUGCCGUGCUCCUGGAGAGGGUAGACGGCCAUGCUUGCGAUGUAAGGAGACUAGAGGAAGACAUGGAGAACGUGCUGACCACCAUGAAGCGCAACGAUCAUGACCUCGACCGAAGCAUCGAGUUGCGGUUCGCCCGCCUCGAUACUCAGUACGUGCACUUCAAGGCCACCACCACUGCCAAGCUCCGAGCUGCAAUGACCGCACAGGAGGAGAGGCUGGGUGCGCUGAUGGAGUCGCGCUUCGGUGAUGUGGAGACCACCGCCACCAAUGCUCAGAGCAAUGUUGAGAGGUUGCGUGCUGAGAUGCUGCGGACCUUCGACACGGCCGACGCAAAGAUCGCACGGAACCAAAUCAACCUUGCAGAGCAGCGUGAGGACUUCCAAGGAAUCGCCAUCACAAUCGCGGACCUGACCAGCCUCGUGAUUGAUGGGUUCAAGGGAAUGAGCCAGCCGACUGCACAAGAGAUUGAAGAAGAUCCGGACCGGCCUAUCCGCGCAUGA